AGGUUGUUGGAGCGGUACCUAUUGAUCUACUCACAUUGGCAUGUUUUCGAACUGCUAGGUUGACAGAAGCUGGAGCUAACACCGGGUGCUCACUCCGCUCCUGGGGUUUGAACCUGGGACCUUUCGAUCUGCAAGUUCAGCAGCUCAGUGCUUUAACAUACUUCGCCACCGGAGCUCCACAGCGUAGAUAGACAUACACCUUAAAAUUAACAAGGAGACCGGGUUUGGCAAGAGUUUGAAUUUCCCGACAUUCCUAAGGUGGGAUUUCAGAAGCGAGAGAGGAGAGAGGUGCGAGGGUUUGUGAAGAUUCUGCUCGUCCAAUCCCUUCACAGCGCGGGAAGUUCAAAGAGGCGACUUCGGCCAAUCAGAAGAGGGCAGUUUCUCUAUAAAUACCCGGUCUCUGCACGCGCUGCUCCAGAAGCCUGUUUGGAGAGUGAGGUAAGGUAGCUGGCUAUGGCUCGUACCAAGCAAACCGCUCGCAAGUCCACUGGCGGGAAAGCUCCCCGCAAGCAGCUGGCGACGAAAGCAGCCCGGAAGAGCGCCCCGGCCACGGGAGGAGUCAAGAAGCCCCACCGCUACCGCCCGGGCACCGUAGCCCUGCGGGAGAUCCGCCGCUACCAGAAGUCCACCGAGCUGCUCAUCCGCAAGCUGCCUUUCCAGCGCCUGGUCCGCGAGAUCGCCCAGGACUUUAAGACCGACCUCCGCUUCCAGAGCUCGGCCGUCAUGGCUCUGCAGGAGGCCAGCGAGGCCUACCUGGUGGGGCUCUUCGAGGACACCAACCUCUGCAUCAUUGCAGUCAUGUCUGGUCGCGGCAAAGGCGGGAAGGGGCUGGGGAAAGGAGGCGCCAAGCGGCACCGGAAGGUGCUCCGGGACAACAUCCAGGGCAUCACCAAGCCGGCCAUCCGGCGCCUGGCUCGCCGCGGGGGCGUGAAGCGCAUCUCGGGCCUGAUCUACGAGGAGACGCGCGGCGUGCUGAAGGUCUUCCUGGAGAACGUGAUCCGCGACGCCGUGACCUACACGGAGCACGCCAAGAGGAAGACGGUGACCGCCAUGGACGUGGUCUACGCCCUCAAGCGCCAGGGGAGGACCCUCUACGGCUUCGGCGGCUGAAGACAGCGCCCCACAGCCCCCACCCAACCUAAAGGCCCUUUUCAGGGCCACCACCUGCUCAGCAAAGAGCUGCAUUCGCUGCUGCCUAUGCCUGUCCUAAGGCAAGGAAACCCCAGAGGGGUUUUGCUAGUUCCUUUCUUUGAAAUAGCCCAUGCUCCUAGUGAUCAUUAGCGGACUCCCACCCAAGUACAAACCAGAGCUGUCCCUGCUUAGCUUAGUGCACUUAAAAGCCUUUUCCUGCAAGAAAAAAAAAGGAACUUGUCACUAAUGACAGAUAACAUUCUUUAUUGUGAAAAUAGAGCCUUGAGAACUUUCUGCUCCUUUUUGGCCUGAGUGGGUGACUGGCUAGUGAUAUUUACUGCCCUAUUACUGCUGCUGUCUGCCUCCAGAUUGUUUCCGACUUACGGCCUCCACAUUGUGAACCUCUCACGGGGAUAUUUGGCCAUAUUUGUUCCGAGGGGGCUUGCCUCUUCUUCCCACUGAGACUGAGUGUGACUCUCCUAAGGGCCACUCAGGUUGCUUCUACUCUGUAAUUCCUAUGACACAGGCAAGUGCAUAAAGUGGGGAUAUUCAACAGCAAACCUUUACUGUUGUAAAUGUUGGAAACCACAAUGAAGCACCCCCACGCAGGUUGUAGGAGACAAAAAAACACACAUUUGAGGAAUCUUGGGACCUUAGAAUCAUAGAAU